CCACUUCCACACCGUAAUGGUGUGUUUUGAUAUUCUGUCUCCUUGUUCUUAAAUUUGCUUUCUGUCAACGUCUCUUUCCGGCCACACUUUACUUUGGUCUGAUUCCAAAGUUUAUUUUUGUUCUUGCAUUGUUGGCUGGGGGACAAAGUUCAACUCUUUCCUUUCCCACUUGUUCUUUCUCUCUUUGUGUGUGUCUCUUUCUCAAUCUUUCACGUGCGACUGUGUCCUUACCAAACUCAGAGCUAGCACACAGCCUGUGGAACUUCAUUGCAAGGUCGGUGGUGCUAAGUGAGGGGCCGUGUAAAAGAGGGUUGUAGAGAAGAACCCACUGUGCAGUGAGUGUGUGUGUGUGUGUGUGGUGUGUGUGUGUGAGUGUGUGUGUGUGAGUGGACAGGGCUGUCCGUCAUGGGUUUGCUGGCGUGGAUAAAGAGCCUGUUUAUCCUACACCUCUUGAUUGGUUUUGUGUUUGUGGUGAGCGGCCUCAUCAUCAACUUCAUACAGCUCUGCACCUGCGUGCUAUGGCCCAUCGACAAACAACUCUACCGAAGGAUCAACACCAGACUCUCUUACUCGCUAUGGAGCCAGUUGGUGAUGUUGCUGGAGUGGUGGUCUGACACAGACUGUGUGCUGUACACGGAUCAGGCCACGGUUGAUAAGUUCGGUAAGGAGCACGUGAUCAUCAUUCUCAACCACAACUUUGAGAUCGACUUCCUGUGUGGCUGGACCAUUUGUGAAAGAUACGGCGUGCUGGGGAGCUCUAAGGUUUUGGCUAAACAUGAACUGCUGAAAGUGCCUCUGAUUGGCUGGACGUGGUACUUCCUGGAAAUUGUCUUUUGCAAGAGGAAGUGGGAGGAAGACAGGGACACUGUUUUCAAAGGGCUAAACAGUCUCAAAGAUUACCCAGAAUACAUGUGGUUCCUGUUGUACUGUGAAGGAACGAGGUUUACAGAAAAGAAACAUCAGAUAAGCAUGCAGGUUGCAGAGUCGAAAGGACUCCCCAAACUGAAAUAUCACCUGCUGCCCCGCACCAAAGGAUUUACCACUACACUGCAUUGCUUGAAGGGAACAGUGAAAGCUGUGUAUGAUGUUACACUGAACUUCAAAGACAAACAGAACCCAACCCUGCUGGGCGUUCUUAAUGGGAAGAAAUACACAGCAGACUUGAGCGUCAGACGCUUUCCUGUGGAGGAGAUCCCAGAUGAUGAAAAGGAGUGCGCUCAAUGGUUACACAAGCUCUACCAAGAGAAGGAUGCAUUACAAGAAUAUUAUGAGAAGGAGGGAUGUUACCCAGGAACAUCUAUUAAACCCAAACGUCGACUUUGGACGCUGCUGAACUUCCUGUUGUGGGCGACGCUUCUGCUGUCUCCGCUUAUUAAUUUUGCUUGGGAUGUGUUUGUGAGCGGCUCCCCCCUCCUCAUCAUCGGCUUCAUGAUCUUUCUCAUUGUCGCUUCUGUAGCAGUCCGUCGGCUCAUCGGAGUGACUGAAGUAAACAAAACGGGCUCCAGCUACGGCAACGUGGAGGCUAAGAAAGAAAACUGAAAGCGUCGACACUGUGUGACCACUGUACCGUUUACCCUGCACUCCAGCCUUGAGCACUGAGCUGCCCCGUGUGCAGUUAUCCCUAUUUUUACAUAAUAUAAAAUGAAUGAAACAGUAAAAUCUCUUCAAUGCAGCAUUGGGGAUGUGUAACUCUAGAUACAACUUAAGAUGCUAAUGUAAAAUGCCAUGAAUAAUAUCCUUUUUAUCAGCUAACUAAAUGUGUGAGAUGAAAACGAAAUGUUUAUUUGAUGCAGGUUAAAGGCGAGAUCUUUCCAAGCUUAGAAAUAAAAUAAAGCUGAGUGAUACAGAUCACCUUUUCUUAGCUCCGCCCCUUUCACUGUGCACCUCUCCAGUAAGGGACUACACACUGGUGCAUGGUCUUGCAUUUUCUCAAAUACAUCAUUUUCAAGCCCACUUUCGGUCAAUAUUUUUUAUUUUACUGUAUGGCCUUUUUUAUUUUAUUUUACCCAAUCAAACUUUUACGUUACAAGCCAACAAACCAUUGUGUAUGAGAAGACCUCCCUUCCCAGGGCAGCCAGCCAAUCAGAGAUGAGGUGGUCACAGGUAGAGCCUUUAAGGGGGUCUUAUGCUGCUAAGACAUUAGUACAGCAAUAUAUAUAUAUGGGUUAAGCAGGGUUUAGUAGCAUGUCUUUUAAUUCGUCGUCUAUAACAUUUCUCCCCCUUUAAAACCUAUUCUCAUAAUGGUGUCUUCAUUUUUUUUGCCAUCAUUGUGUACUUGAAUAAGGAGUAGGUUUUGUAAAGGUUAUAUGUACUCUCUUCACCUAGACGUUAUCUUUUAUUUAAGGUAGUUUUGUCUACCAUAAUGGUCUUUACCAUGAUACUCGCCCACUCUAAACAUGUGUAACGUAAAAAAUCUAUAGGGCUAAAGAGUUAAGAAAAGCUGAAUGACCAAGAAGAAAACAAUAAACGCAAAGAUUGUGAAACUUUAUAGUGUGAUAACUUAUGACUUGAGUUGUAAAUAAACUAGAAAAUUCUUGUGGACUUUAA